UAUAUAUUGGAUGAAAGUCUAUGUUUAUCCAGGACACAUAUUCAAAAUAGUUGAUCAAUAGGUUGCAUGUAUUAAAAGAGGAAGACAUUGGGGUUUAGGUGUGGGUGAGUUAUCUUUAAACGAAAUCAUGUCUUGCGUUCAGAAAAUUAUGCAGCCAGUAGAAUUGAAGAUAAGUGCCAACAAAUGCUAUUAUUUCAUCAAAAACAAUGUUUAUCAUUUUCCUAAUGUUACUUCAAUCAUUCAAGACGUAGCAGUUGAUGAAGGUGAUUGGGACAAUUGUAGUCAUGACUCCAUGAAAGUAUGGAAUUACACCAUCGAUGGCAAGGCUGAGGUUUUGAAGGAACAAUCGAAAUUCGAUGAUGAAAAGCUUAAAGCAAUUUUCACUGUGAUAGAAGGAGAUGUGGUAAAGAAAUAUAAAAGCUUCAAGAUCACUCAUCAUCUCGUACCGAAGAGUACUCCUCAACAAUGUGUGGUUUACAUAACUAUAGAAUAUGAAAAAUAUGAUUCUACCACACCCGAUCCAUACAAUUACCUUCAACUAAUUGGCAAAGCUUAUAAGGAUGUGGAAGCCCAUCUUAUUCAUGAUUAGUGCAAAUUAAAUAAAACCAUUCUCCCAUCCUUCUGUAAAAUAGAUAUAGAUGGAAGCUCCACUGUUACGUUUGCCUUCUUCUUUUUCUAUUUUUCUUAUACAUGGCCAUUUAUGGUCUUUCAAACAAUAAUAAUAAAACAUAUAUGACAAUAUUAAUA